GUUUCAUUUUCUCUGCAAACGAUCGUGAGUCCGGUUUUUGGUCUCUGGUGGUACAAGAGAACGCGCUUGAGUGCUCACCCUCACUAUACAGAGCAUCCUCCUUUUGCUGAACUCUUGCACUUUGUGGUCGAACAAUCAGACAAAUUUGUCCAUAAGUGAUCCCAAGAGUGUGAAUGUUGCUCAAGAAGAAAGUACUUCUAAUUGCAACUGUGCAUACACUUACAAAAUGAAUUAGGAUUUUAAUUGGAUUCUCGAGAGGAAAAUUUGUGGAUUUUUGGUGUAAUUUUCAUUUCAACUAAUUUUGUGUGUAUGUUUCUGUGUUUCGGUGAAAUAGUAAAGGAAUUUACGUACAAUCCAGUGAAAACAUUUAAAUUAGUUUAAUUUAUGUGACUAAUGAAUAAAUUCAACAUGAGGACAAAAUUUUUCAUACAGACAAUUUGUGUCAUGCUGACUAUUCAUACAGCAGCAUGGGCAGCACCCACAGCCGAGGCUCCCAAAGCGGCAGCAUCCUCACCGGCUGCGGUUGCCGUGGAACGGGAGCAACUAAGGGAUGCGCGCUGCAUCAGAUGUUCACCCAGUUCAAGUAUCUACAGUGACAGGGAUCGAGAUUCCAGAUUUCUCAACAUUUUCCGCCCACAUGGAAAAACUGGAUAUGAUGAAAGGAAUAGUUGGUACUAUCAACCAGAUCGGUACUAUGGCAGCCAAAAUACAGAUCGCUAUGGGAACAGGUACGAUGAUCGGUAUCAACCACAAGGAUAUCCAAGUCCAGGACGAUAUGAUGAUCGAGACAGAUACUACUACCGUCCCUCUUAUUAUGAUCAGCCACAGCAACAUGGAGGGUAUCAGCAGGAUUCACGGUAUAAUUCCGUUGGUCAGGAUUACCGUGGUAAUGGAUAUGACAACAGGGAUCCCUACUACUAUGAAAUGAUGAGGGGUGGAGGAUAUUAUGACAGGGAUCGGUUCUAUGACAGGAACCAAUACUACGACAAUUACGAUCGUAGCCCCAAUAGAGGAAGUGGAUACUUUGACUACCGCAAUUAUCGUCCCUACGAUGAGACCUACAGGGGUGAAUCCGGCUUUGAUAGCUCUGGACGUGGCUACUACUUUGCUAAUCGCCCUUCGACACAACCGUCACAACCCUAUCACCACCAUCAAAACAGUUAUCACAAUUAUCAGUCACCGCCGCCGCCGCCACCACCGCCCUCAUAUCAGCAACUUCCACAUCCAUACGAUCCACCCCCAGAGUACUACCGGCCGGCGUCGGGUGGCUACGAUCGUCCAAGCGGCGGACACAGUCGCCCGCCGUCGUCCGGCAGUUACCCAGCCGUCCAGCAGCCACCUCCUGUUUCUUCCUAUCCCAGCACAGAUGAUCGUAAUCCCCCCGGCAGCUGGACAUACGUGCCGGAGGAUAAGGAUCCCAAACAUCCAACGGGAUACCCGCCAAAUGAUAAAGAUACUCCACAGCAAGGCUCUUCGUAUGGCUCACACUCACGGCCUCUAGGCGGAAGUUAUCUCUAUGACCGAGACUCCAAUGAACCACCCAAAAGCAGCCCCAAGCCCACUGCGGAAGCACCCAAAGCAGAUGCUCCACAAUCUACCAGUGCUGAUGACUCCACUGCUGAUACCAAGGAUGAUGGAGGAGAUAAGGCGAGCGAUGAACAAUGAGAUAGUGGACAUCACAGAGUCGUCAGAUGGCACUUCUGAAACUCGCCUUUGUCCUUUGAACUUCGAUUUAUAUUUAUAUUUUUCUCACAAAUAAGGAAUCAGCAAUAAAUCAAUAAAUAAGAACGAA